AUGCUCGAGGAUAAAUACAUUGGAUUGGUCCUGGCGAUCACGUCCUCUUUAGCUAUUGGGAGCUCGUUCAUCCUAACGAAAAUGGGACUGAACGCUGCUUCUGAACAAAACAACUUCGAGGGAGCAGGGUAUGAGUAUCUGAAGAAUCCGAUCUGGUGGGGUGGAAUGGCUACCAUGGCUAUUGGAGAGGUGGCAAAUUUUGCGGCUUACACGUUUGCACCUGCCAUCAUGGUAACGCCUUUGGGCGCGCUCUCAGUGAUUAUCGGCGCAAUAUUGGCGGCUGUAUUUCUGAAGGAGGAAUUGGGCACUCUUGGGAAGCUUGGUUGCACCGUGUGUCUUCUGGGCUCCGUGAUCAUCAUCUUGCAUGCGCCGUCAGACAAGGAUAUUCAAACGGUGGAUGAAAUUCUAGGAUACGCACUGCAACCUGCAUUUCUGUGCUACGCCCUUUUAGUCGCGGUAUUUACUGUAUUCAUGAUCACCAGAGUCGUUCCCACCUACGGUACAAAGAAUCCAAUCGUUUACAUCUCGAUUUGUUCAACCGUGGGGUCGAUCUCGGUAAUGUCGAUCAAAGCGUUUGGAAUAGCGUUGAAACUAACCUUGAGUGGUAACAAUCAGUUCACUCAUUUGUCCACCUACUUCUUCAUCACUGUUGUAGUGGUAUGCAUCAUGACCCAAAUGAACUACUUUAAUAAAGCCCUGGAUCAAUUUGAUACGUCAAUUGUCAAUCCAUUGUACUACGUGACUUUCACGACCGCAACGCUAGUGGCGUCGUUCAUUUUGUACCGCAAUUUUGAUCAAAGCGAUCACAAGGACUCUGUCUCGUUAGUAUGUGGAUUUCUGAUUAUUUUUACUGGGGUCUACUUGUUAAAUUUGGCUAGAAAGAAGAACCACGACAAAUUGUUCAGUCAUCAGUCAGACGUGGAAAAUAUUCCCCUAGAUAACAAUGUUGGAGGGUUCACUGUGAGAAAAUCCUUCCAAGGUACGCACCAUCGAGUAGCAUCUCAAACUUAUCAAAGCGAAGAAAUGGUUCAUUUGACACGAGAUGAUUCAGACAUCGACAGGUUCAGAGUUUAG